CCUACUCGAAAUUCGCAUAUCGCCGCGACGCCUCCGUCCCUAUUUACUCUAUAGCCCAUAGUUGUAUUCUGCAUCAGCAAGUCAACGCACUCUAGCACUAUUAUUAUACGUACCCUCGUUAAUUCCGCGACAGUUCGUACUUUUUACCAGUUAUUUGAAUAAUAUAGAUAUUUCUCAAAACCCUCUGAAAUGGAAUUCAAAUUCGAUAUAAAAGAUUUAGCUGAGGGAGGAAUUGCGAAAAUUGAUCAUACUUUAACACCACUUGGCUGCGAAGAAGAUGAAAACUUACAAAGGAAAGUCGCAAUGAUUAUUGACGAAAUGGGUAAAGCAUCUGCCAGAGCUCAGGAUUUAAAAAUGCCUAUAACGACAGCAGAAAAGUUAUCAAAAUCUGAUCAUAUAAUAUAUUUAUUGUCAGAACAAACAAAUGAAGAAACAUUUGUUAUUGUUGGAAUUUUGAAAAUGGGAUGGAAAAAAUUAUAUCUUUUUGACAAAAAAGGUUCCCGUUCUGAAGCCAUGGUAUAUUGUUUACUUGAUUUUUACAUUCACGAAACUAGACAACGUCAAGGAUAUGGAAACAAACUAGUUGAACACAUGUUAAAGGAUAAUGAGUUAGAAGCAAAACAAUUAGCUAUAGAUAAACCUUCAAAAAAAAUGUUGCAAUUCAUGCAAAAACAUUAUUCACUUAAGAAGCUAGUCGAUCAAGGGAAUAAUUUUGUAAUAUUUGAAGAGUUUUUUGAUACUCCAGGGUUAACACAGCUAAAAGAUAAAUUUGACAGUACAAGUGGAUACAGAAACAAGCCUACAUAUGGGCGCCAUGCUGCUAAUAAACACAAUGACUCUAUGUCUGAUAUAUUACAUGGGGCUGGUAGUGCAACUCGAUUGAAUGACAAAUACGUUGCUAAUGCUGAUAUCAUCAAUAAUAAAUUCAAGGAUAACAAACCAAAUCUUGUCACAGUUCUUCCUUCAGAAAAAGAUGUAAAUGACCCAAUUAAUGGGAAGAAAGGCGCUCCACCAAAAUUGGAUCUCAAAUUUCAUCAUUCACAUUUGUGGUAAAAAGCUUUUAUAAAUAUCAGAUAUUAUAUCAAUAAUUGCAUUUUUAACUGUCUUAUUAAUCUUAAAAAUAAGGAGCUUUUUAAACUUUUUAUACAAUUAUUUGUUUAAUUUAAAUAUGUUGUUUAAAAAUACAGUAUACAAUAUACACAUUAUACACCAUAUUCUAAUUAGCAGUAAAGUAAUUUAAAUAUAGGUAUCAUAUCUACAGGCUGGUACCUAUCCUAAUUAGCUUAUCAUUUUCUCAUAAUGUUAUGUACAUUUCUACAAUUAGCUUAAUCGUUUAAUGUCCCUAUUGUACUAUUAAAAUUUUUUAUUUUACCUUAAAAAUAUUAUACAUUCCUCUAUUACUCUAUACAUUAUUAUAUAGGUAUUAGGUAUAUGUAUAUAUAUAUAUCUGUGAUUUGAUUUUCAUUAAUUUAUUUUCAUGUUACCUAUUGUUGUCUGAGUUAUGUUAAGUUAUAAUUAUUUUUAUUUUUACAUAUGUAAAGUAGGAUGCCUCAUAAACUUAUUUUUAUGUAAUAUAUUAUGUAUUGUAUCUUAUAAUAUUUCUGAUGAGAUGUAUAAUUACUAAUCAUAUAUAGUUGUACCACUUGUACCUAGGUGCCUCAUAGUAAUUGAUUAAAAAAAUUGUAAAUGUUUUGCGUGAAUAUCAAAAAUCAAAGUUAUAUUGAGUUUGUUAGGUACAUAGUUAUUAAGUUACAAUGAGAUAGACACCUUACAAUAUUAUAAUUAUUAAAUAGGCAUAUUAAUUUUUAUAAGUAUAUUUAAAAAAAUUGAAAGUUAGG